CUUCCAGUGUAGACUUCUAUCUCGUAAAAAUUGGACGUGAUCUUCGUAUAAAGUAGGCCGUUCAUGACUCAUGGUGACUUUGAUUGAUCAUGUAAGCGAAAUUACCCAUUUCAAUUUUAGUUUUAAUUAAAAUUUUGAACGAAAUUGACUUGCGGAAGAUUUUUAUAAGUAGCUCAGUUUGUUUACACAGUGCAUGGGGAUAUUUUGUGAGAUCUAUUGUAUCAGUAUUUUAUUAUAGUAAAAAAAAAUGGCAGUGUUUUUUAACCGCCUUGGACAAAUUGGCUUAGGCCUUGCGUUUGUUGGAGGUGCGGUCAAUUCGACUCUUUACAAUGUUGAUGGCGGUGAACGAGCAGUAAUCAUGGAUAAAUUCAGCGGAGUGAAGAAGUUCGUUGUUGGUGAAGGAACCCACUUCUACAUACCCUGGGUGCAGAUACCAGUCAUAUUUGAUAUCAAAACGAGACCGAGGAAUGUACCCACCUUAACUGGAAGCAAAGAUCUUCAAACGGUAAACCUGAACCUGCGCAUUCUAUUCCGGCCAGUCCCGGACGAGUUGCCCCGGAUCUACACGACGCUCGGCGUGGACUAUGAGGAGAGAGUGCUUCCCUCCAUCACGGGGGAAGUGCUGAAGGCCGUGGUGGCGCAGUAUGACGCUGAGGAACUCAUUACGCAAAGAGAGAUAGUGUCGCAGAAAAUAAACGACAUCUUGACAGAAAGAGCCAGACAGUUCGGCUUGAUCCUCGACGAUAUAGCCAUCACGCAUCUGUCCUUCGGGCGAGAAUUCACUAGAGCAGUCGAAAUGAAACAAGUCGCUCAACAAGACGCCGAGAAAGCGAGGUUUUUAGUCGAGAAAGAGGAGCAGAAGAAGAAAGCUGCUGUGAUUGGUGCAGAGGGCGACUCUCAGGCGGCCAUCCUAUUGGCCAAGGCGUUCGGGAAAGCCGGGGAGGGACUGGUCGAGUUGCGUCGUAUUGAAGCCGCUGAGGAUAUAGCUUACCAACUUUCGAAGUCCAAGAAUGUAACAUACUUGCCCGAUGGACAAAAUGCUUUUGUGAAGAUAGCUGCUAACUAGUGAAUAGAAAAACAUAAUGUAUAUGAAAAAAUAAAUUUGUUUAAUAUUAAGCAAUACUUAAUUAAUACAUAAUAGUUUUCAGUUCUAAUGUAACAAAAAAAUAUAAUCUUAACAUUAACAAUAACUCUAC